AUGUCAUUGGCAUCAGACGAGGAGCUCGUUUCUUUGUUUAACAAGGUUGGGUUUGAAGAUAAAAAGUCUAAGGAAAUAGCCAAGAAUCUGAAAGUGGCGAAUUUGUUGAAGCUGAUUCUUUUAAAAGCUUGUGGUGAUGAAAAUGAAUGUAGAUGCGAUGAAAAGAGGUUAGCGUUAUUGCAUCAAUUGGCUGUUUUGGAGAACAAGCAAGGUCAGGAAGUCCCCAAUGUUGAGUAUUUGAUUCGUGGUAUUGAAAAUGGAACAAUAAAGACUAAUUUACAACUUAGCGAAGGCAUGAAAUAUUUGACGUCAACUAAGGAACCGAAGCAAAUUGAUUUCGAUGAAGCUACUGGUGUCAAUGUUGAGAUCUCCGAAAAAGACCUCAAAAUGGAGAUUAGCAAGUACCUCGACACAAUUGAAAAACAAUUGCUUGCCGAAAGGUACUCCCUUUUACCAAAAGUUUUGUCUAAUGUGAAAUCUCAGCCAAGGUUGAAAUGGGCUUCACCAAACUUAUUCAAGCCUGUUCUUGAUGAGCUAUUUCUCGCCAAGUUAGGUCCUAAGGAUGAAAGAGAUACCAAAAAGAAGGAAAAGAAACCAAAAACUAGCGAGUUUUCAAACAAGGAUAAUAAGAAAACAACAACAGCAGCAGCAGCAGCAACAGCAUCAACAGAACCCGAAAAGGAGAGAUCAAUGUUUUCGGAGGGAUUCCUUGGCGACUUGCACAAACCAGGUGAAGAGCCACAAAAGUAUCCCGAACUAUUGAAAGCCCAUAACGAGUUUAUCAAGGGCAAGGUAUAUACACGAUUCCCACCUGAACCUAAUGGGUUCUUACACAUUGGGCAUUCAAAAGCAAUUAUGGUUAAUUUUGGAUAUGCCCAGUUUCACAAGGGACAAUGUUAUUUAAGGUUUGAUGAUACCAAUCCUGAGGCAGAAGAAGAAAUAUAUUUUGAGUCGAUUAAGGAAAUGGUUUCAUGGUUAGGAUACAAGCCAUGGAAAGUCACAUACUCAUCGGAUUAUUUUGAUGAAUUAUACGAAUUAGCAGUGAAAUUGAUCAAAGCUGAUAAAGCUUAUAUUUGUCAUUGUACUGCUGAGGAAGUUAAGUUAAGCAGAGGACAAAGGGAAGAUGGCUCUAUGGGAGGCGAGCGAUUUGCAUGUAAACACCGUACUCAAUCCAUUGAGCACAAUUUAGCUGAGUUUGAAAAUAUGAAGCUCGGGAAAUACGCUAUUGGGGAAGCCACAUUACGUAUGAAACAAGAUUUGACUAGUCCAUCGCCACAAAUGUGGGAUUUGGUAGCUUAUAGAGUAUUAAACAAGCCUCAUCAUCGUACUGGAAGUAAAUGGAAGAUAUAUCCAACAUACGAUUUUACGCAUUGUUUAGUUGAUUCUUUGGAGAAUAUCACUCACUCAUUAUGUACUACCGAGUUUAUCUUGUCGAGGGAGAGUUAUGAGUGGUUGUGUGACGCAUUGCAUGUAUACCGGCCAGCACAACGAGAGUAUGGGAGAUUGAACUUAACCGGUACGAUUAUGUCCAAGAGGAAGAUUGCCAAGUUGGUAAAUGAAGGAUAUGUUAGAGGUUGGGAUGAUCCCAGACUAUACACAUUGGAAGGUAUUAAAAGAAGAGGAGUGCCACCUGGUGCGAUAUUAUCGUUUAUCAAUACAUUAGGUGUUACUACAUCCACAACAAAUAUUCAAACUUCCCGAUUUGAAAGUUCUGUGCGCAGUUAUUUAGACCACACCACACCUCGGUUAUUUUUAAUUUUGAACCCCAUUGAAGUUCAUAUUGACAAUUUGGAUGAUUCAUUUUCUUUAGAUAUCGAGAUUCCUUAUAAGCCGGGCACUGAUGUUAAUCAUUUGGGAAAUAGGAAACUCACAUUUAAGAACAAGAUUUAUAUUGAUAGGAAUGAUGUUAGGGAUGUAGCUGCAGAUAAGCAAUUUUUCAGGUUAGCUCCCGGACAACCAGUUGGAUUAAUGAAGGUUCCAUUCAAUAUUAGUUUCAAAUCGAUUGAAACAGGGGAUGAUGGUAAAACAAUAGUUCAUGUAAACUAUGAUGAUUCUGAAGCUAAGCCAAAGAAGCCCAAAACAUAUAUUCAAUGGGUUCCUGUUGAAGAUAGUAUUCGAGUUAAGGAAGUUCGGAUAUAUAAUCAAUUAUUCAAAUCCGAGAACCCAGCAGCGCAUCCGGAUGGAUUUUUAAAAGAUAUCAAUGAAUCCAGUGAGUCAGUAUUGUACUCUGCAGUAAUUGAAUGUAAUUUUAACGAAAUUAGACAAAAGUCACCAAUGAAUUUAGAGAUUUCGGGAUCCCAGUUUAACAUCAAGGAAGAAAAGGGGAACAAUACUAUUAGAUUUCAAGCAUUAAGAGAAGGGUAUUUUUGUGUUGAUAAGGAUGACAAGGAUAAUGGAGAGUUGAUUUUGAAUAGAAUUGUUACUUUGAAAGAGGAUGCUAAUAAGUAG